AUGCCCUCGAUAGCCAUCGAUGAGGACCCGUCUGAGAAGCACGUUGGAAUUACGUCGAGCAAAGAGGAACCGAAAGGAGUCAUCGAGCAGUUUGAAGAAUGUCCAAAACGGGCGGAAGUGACAAUGGCUGUUGCGAUAAUGAAAAAUUUCUCAUCUCCAUGGCCACCUGCUCGUGAUUGCUGUUUUGUCUCUCAUCGACUACUACCAUAUGGCUCUUGUUCCACUUAUUUUCACCGUAGCCGUGGCUGUCCUUCUGAUCGUCGGAGUCUGCACAAAAAGCUCAAUAUGCAUGCUUAUCUCUAUGAUUCUUCUGAUCAUUUUAGCUAUUUUUCGUAUUCUAAACUUAAUCUUUGUAGUGAUACAUUUCACAAAAGGCGAAAAGCAGUUAGAUGCACCCGCGAUCAUUAG